UCAGAAACUUGGAACUUAUAAAUCUAAGCUGGCUACUCUCUCUUGCUUCAAACUACUUUUAGCACAUUCAGUAGUACUAAAUAAAUCUCUCAAUGGAAACAGACAUGUCUUCCUUGUCUAAAAGUUCAAGUAGCAGCUCUAGUGAUGAUGAAAUUGGAUUGAGGAAAGGUCCAUGGACUGUUGAAGAAGACAAUCUCCUUGUCCACUACAUUACCAAUCACGGCGAAGGCCGAUGGAAUAUGCUAGCUAAACAUGCUGGACUGAAGAGAACAGGCAAGAGUUGCAGAUUGAGAUGGCUAAAUUACCUUAAACCGGACGUUAAACGAGGAAAUCUAACUCCUCAGGAACAGCUCGUGAUUCUUGAACUUCAUUCCAUGUUUGGUAACAGAUGGUCAAGAAUUGCGCAAUAUCUACCUGGAAGAACGGAUAACGAAAUCAAGAAUUACUGGAGAACAAGAGUGCAGAAACAGGCGAGGAAUCUGAAGAUUGACUCGAAUAGUGCAGCAUUUCAAGAAGUGAUUCGCUGUUUGUGGAUACCGCAUCUUCUUCAGAAGAUAGACACUUCCUCUGUUAUCCAAUCAUCGAAUCAGAGUUCACAAUCAACCCCACAAGGUUUCACUUUAGAGAAAAACAACACCAGCAGUAGCAGUUCUUCAAGUUCGCAUUCCUCGAGUAUUAUCUAUAGAUCUCCCAAUACUCCACAAUGUGCUAAAAUUCCACCUUGUGAGAUAGGUGAUUCGGACUUAAAUUCAUUCGUCAAGGCUCAUUUUCCAUUUGAUGACAAUAGUUAUGUUAAUAAUGUGGAUACUUUCGGCCAAUCAGCAAAUGGAAACUUUAACGAUGUGAUAGAUUAUGAUCAGAAUGUUUUAGCUGACAGCUUUUGGAGCAUGGAUGAAUUUUUCUACCAAAAACAGGCUAUGAGCAAUUGUACUAGUAGUUGAUAAUGGCUUGGCUGCAAGCUAGUUUCAAUUUUCUUUUCUUAAAAAGGAAGAGUUAGUAUUUUUUCUGUUUUCAACAUUUCCAUUGUACAAUAGUGGGGAUUGUAUGAACAGUUAAACUGGAAUAAUGGGUGUACUGACUACUGAUCAUGCUGAUAGAAGGUCAUUGAAAGCAAAUAUACUGAGGGUCUUUCACGA